CCCCUGCAACUACUGAAAAGGCUGCUGCCCCUCUUCAGGAACCACAUGUUUGUCUGGCCUCUCAACAGAUACCCCUCCGUUGUGGUUGCACCUACGGUACGGCCAUCUGUAUCGCUGAGGCACGCAAGCCUCACCACCAACGGCAAGGUCCAUGGUUCAUGGGGGAACUGAUGUUCCACAGACCCAGUGGAUUUGGUGAUGCCUUUGAUGAUGCAGACCACAAUGGAAGGUCCUGAAGUUACUUUCCUCUUCCAGUUUGGACUUGUUAGAGAUACAGUAACUACACCUGCUGGUUCAUUAGGACUGAAGACAUUGAAGGACUUAGCGAGUGACUUCAUCAACAAAAAGUUUCCUGACCAUGGUCUGACUUGCCUUGGUGAAAGGCUGCUGCUGUUCCGCCAUGACCACAGUUCUGCCAACAUCUUACAGUUGGUAAACUCUGCAGCAGAAAUUAUUGAUGAAACACUGGUGGAAAUUGUUUUGACAGCCCAAACACCAACAGAAGCAGCUCCAUUAAGGCCACACACAUUAAAUGUUCACUCUUAUAAGGCUCCAACUUUUUGUGAUUUUUGUGGUGAAAUGCUGUUUGGACUUGUUCGUCAAGGACUGAAAUGUGAAGGUUGUGGGCUCAACUUUCACAAGCGAUGUGUGGUGAAGAUUCCAAACAACUGUUCAGGGGCAGCACUUGUCUCUGGAGAUCGCAGACGAUCCUCAAACCUUGCUGUUCCACGUUCAUCCUCCCAGGGGUCAAAUUCCUCACUUGCCUCAGAUGACACUUCUCUGACAGUUCCAGGUAGUCAAGGAACAAACAGAUCACCCUCACUUGGAGGACGUAUUCGUAUUCCACACACAUUUGUACUUCACUCGUACACACGUCCUACCGUAUGUCAGGUAUGCCGGAAAUUGCUGAAAGGAAUUUUUAAACAAGGGCUACAGUGCCGGGACUGCCACUACAAUGUGCACAAAAAGUGCCUUGAGAAGGUGCCUAAAGACUGUACUGGUGAGAGCCCAAAGGAUGUUACAGGAAGUGAAUGCACUGAUAAUGGAAAUGGAAGUGACUCGGUCAGUAGUCGGUUCAAUGAAGAUAAUGACAGUGACACUGAAUCUAGUUCUCCACCUGAAGCUCGAAAAUCUUCAUCUACAGAAUCACCUGUCAGCAAUGGUUGUGAGGAUCAAAACUGUGAUGAUGCUGAGCCUCUCAUCAAACGACCAACAAGUAUGUCCCCUAGUAACAAUAUUCCUCUGAUGCGAAUUGUGCAGUCAGUGAAACAUACAAAAAAGAGGGGUUCAAAAGUUAUUAAAGAAGGGUGGAUGGUGCAUUUCACUAACAAGGAUCCAACGAGGAAACGACAUUACUGGCGCCUUGACACCAAAUCAUUAACAUUAUUCCAAAAUGACACAAGCUCCAAGUAUUACAAAGAGAUUCCAUUAUCUGAGAUACUUUCUGUGGAAACAGCUCGAAGCCCACAUGGUGAUGUGAUGCAUUGCUUUGAACUCCGGACGGCCAACAUUGAUUACUAUGUGGGUGAAGACCCUCUGCAUCCUGUAGUAAGGGAAGGAAGUGUGGCAAUUUUUCCUCCAGAGGAUUCUGGUGUAGGAGUUCACUUAGCUAAAAGCUGGGAAACUUGCAUUCGACAGGCUCUGAUGCCUGUAACUUCUUCCACCAAUGCAGAUAAUAGCUCAGGCGAAUCUGAUGAAAGAGUGACUGACAUGAGCCAAGUUUACCAGAUUUUCCCAGAUGAGGUUCUUGGUUCAGGACAAUUUGGAACAGUUUAUGGAGGUGUACAUAGAAAAACAGGUAGAGCUGUUGCUAUAAAAGUAAUUGAUAAAUCAAGGUUUCCAACAAAGCAGGAAGCUCAAUUGAAAAAUGAAGUAUCAAUUUUACACACCAUCUGCCAUGCAGGUGUUGUAAAUCUUGAACGAAUGUUUGAGACUCCAGAGAGAAUAUUUGUUGUCAUGGAAAAAUUGAAGGGUGAUAUGCUAGAAAUGAUUCUUUCAAGUGAACGUGGGCGAUUAAGUGAACGGAUAACUAAAUUCCUUAUAACACAGAUUCUUAUAGCCCUGAAACAUCUCCAUAGCAAAAAUAUUGUACAUUGUGAUCUCAAGCCAGAGAAUGUGUUGCUCAGCUCUGACUCAGAGUUUCCUCAGGUGAAACUGUGUGACUUUGGCUAUGCGCGCAUAAUUGGUGAGAAGUCGUUUAGAAGAUCUGUGGUCGGUACUCCUGCCUAUCUAGCACCUGAAGUCCUUCGUAACAAAGGAUACAAUCGAUCAUUAGAUAUGUGGAGUGUUGGUGUUAUUGUUUACGUGAGCCUUAGUGGAACAUUUCCUUUCAAUGAAGAUGAAGAUAUCAAUGAACAGAUACAAAAUGCUGCCUUUAUGUAUCCAGCUAUACCUUGGAAGGAAAUUUCAUCAGAAGCAAUUGACCUCAUCAAUAAUUUGCUACAAGUGAAACAAAGGAAAAGAUUUACAGUAGAUAAAUCUCUUGCACAUAUUUGGUUGCAGGAUUACCAAACAUGGUGCGAUUUACGAGAACUAGAGAAGCAGGUUGGCAUUAGGUACCUCACUCACGAGUCUGAUGAUGCACGAUGGGAAAGUUAUCGAAGGGAACGCCUUUGACCAGCCAAAAGUUGGGUCACUGUGGCCAGGACACGCUGGAGACGUUUCAUCAAAACAUGAUGAAGAUGUUCCUGUCAAGCUCUCUAUUAGAUUUUGUAACAUAAUGUUGCAUCUGCAUGUUGCAGAUUUUACUAUUAUGUACUGCAGUUUAUUGAAUUGUUUAUUUUUGUAACAUUAUAGUGUAUAUAAUUACUCAGUCCAGCAAUACUCAUUUACAUAUUUCUUUGCCUUUACUAAAUAAUGGCAGAAAGAAAGUGGUGUGUGUGUGUGUGUGUGUGUGUGUGUGUGUGUGUGUGUGUGUGCGGGCG